AUGCCGCACCCGUCUAUGGACGCCACCGGCUACUACCAGAUGGAUUAUGUCCAACAUGACAUCGACCGUGUUCGAUGUUUCGAGAUGGGCGCCAUAUCUUUCACAAUCUAUGCUCGCCAGGAGUUCCUCAGCAACGGGCUGCUAGACCUCCGAGACGAGCGCGCGAACGCUUGUCCUGAAGACGGAGACAACUGCCCAAUCUGCAUCGAACCAUUCGACCUAGCAACCGAAGCGGGCCUCGACAACAAUGUGGAAGUCAUUGCUGGGUGUGGCCAUAUCUUUCAUUUCUCGUGUCUGUGGACUUGGUUGAACAGUCCAGAGGCUCCGAUCGCUUCAUGCCCGAUGUGUAGGCGCGAACUGUUCCCGAACCCUCACUACAUGGGCGACUGGGCUGAGGUUCCACGAGUCGACGUACCUUGGGGUCACCUUAUUCGGAUCUCGGAUAAUAUGGCACACACAAUUACGGCGCUCGCAGACGUACGUGCUAAACUUGUGCACUCAGACGAUGUGAAUGCUCGUUUGGCGGAGGCAGAAUCUCUGGCGGCUCAGCUACGGCCCUUGUUCAUUCGGUAUGAGCAAAUCGAGCGCCAGAUAGGGGCGGUCUGUGAUAACGACCUGGAUGCGUGGAACGAGUUGGACCUUGAAUCUGAUAGGAUCUAUGACACGCUGCGCCACCUGAUGCGUCGAGUGGAUGAAAUCGUCGCGGAGAUCUAUGCUUCCGAGAUUGACGCUCCGGAUGCACUACCCGUGCCACCUGCCCCGGUCAACGCGGCUGUCAUCGCUCGCAUCGAUGCUGCACUCGUUCGCGUACCUAACAUGCCAGAGAACUAUGAGCCAACCAUCGAGCCUGAGUAUUAUCCCCUCUUUCACCUCAAUGCUCUGAGGGAGCAGCGAACAUCAUUGGGGGUUCGCUUCAUGCAGCUUCAACAACAGGCGAAGGAGCUCAAUGAUCGUGGCGAGCCUGUUCCACAAGAGCUGGAGAAUGAGAUCGACCAGGCGGAGGAGACUCUAAGGGAGAUUCGACGCCAGAUAGACCUGAUCGAGAACUAUCCUUAUCAGAUGUCGGAAAUGUAG